CUCACUGCAUGUGAGAGAGCAGCUUGAACCUGCAGAUGCAUGUUGACUGCCGGUUAAUCCGGAGGCCUCCACAGAGAGACACACCAGUGGAAGGGAGCAGUGGAUGCAGAGGACUGCGGUGGCUGGCAAUGCUGAAGACCAACCGAGGCACAAUUGGUGGUUUCUUCUUGGCUGGUCGAGAUACGACCUGGUGGCCAAUGGGUGCAUCCCUCUUUGCCAGUAAUAUCGGCAGUGGUCACUUUGUGGGCUUGGCUGGAACAGGAGCAGCUUCAGGAAUUGCUGUUACAGCAUUUGAAUCUCAUUCCUUGCUGCUAUUGCUGGUUCUAGGGUGGUUCUUUGUCCCCAUCUACAUCAAGGCAGGGGUGAUGACUAUGCCAGAAUAUCUCAAGAAGAGGUUUGGCGGGAAUCGACUGCAGGUCUACCUCUCCGUCCUCUCCCUCUUCAUGUGUGUGGCUUUGAGAAUUUCUGCAGACAUAUUUGCUGGGGCCAUAUUUAUAAAGCUAGCUUUGGGGUUGGACCUUUACCUGGCGAUCAUCAUCCUCCUGGCUAUCACUGCUGUUUAUACCAUCACUGGGGGCUUGGCCUCAGUGAUUUACACAGACACUCUCCAAACUGUCAUCAUGUUGAUUGGAUCUUUUAUUCUCAUGGUGUUUGCAUUUGUUGAAGUUGGGGGCUAUGAAAGCUUUACAGAGAAGUACAUGAAUGCCAUCCCAUCUGUAACUGAGGGGGACAAUCUGACCAUCAGCCCCAGGUGCUACACUCCUCAGGCAGACUCCUUCCACUUCUUCCGAGAUGCUGUCACCGGAGAUAUUCCAUGGCCGGGAAUAAUAUUUGGAAUACCCAUCACAGCUCUGUGGUACUGGUGCACGGAUCAGGUUAUUGUACAGCGUUGCUUAUCUGGCAAAGACAUGUCUCAUGUGAAGGCGGCCUGCAUUAUGUGUGGAUAUUUAAAAUUGUUGCCCUUGUUCUUCAUGGUAAUGCCUGGAAUGAUCAGCCGUAUUCUCUAUACAGAUAUGGUAGCCUGUGUUGUACCUUCUGAGUGUGUAAAACACUGUGGUGUUGAUAUUGGCUGCACUAACUAUGCCUACCCAACAAUGGUGCUGGAACUCAUGCCUGCUGGACUUCGAGGUCUGAUGAUGUCAGUCAUGUUGGCCUCUCUCAUGAGCUCCCUGACCUCCAUCUUCAACAGUGCCAGCACUCUCUUCACUAUAGACCUCUAUGCAAAGGUGCGGAAGCAGGCAUCAGAGAAAGAGCUCCUGAUAGCUGGACGGCUAUUUGUUGUUGUAUUAAUUGUCCUCAGCAUACUGUGGGUCCCCUUAGUAGAGGUAUCUCAAGGGGGACAACUGAUCCACUACACAGAAGCAAUUUCAAGCUACCUUGGGCCUCCAAUUGCAGCUGUCUUCCUGCUUGCCAUUUUCUGUAAACGAGUUAAUGAACAAGGAGCGUUCUGGGGUCUGAUGGUUGGACUUGUUAUGGGCAUUAUUCGUAUGAUUGCAGAGUUUGUCCAUGGAACAGGAAGUUGUGUGGCUCCGACAAACUGUCCCAAGAUUAUCUGUGGAGUGCACUAUCUGUACUUUUCCAUCAUUCUCUUUGCUGUAUCUAUAAUAGUUGUCCUGGGAAUUUCCUUCCUAACAAAACCCAUUCCUGAUGUCAAUUUGUAUCGCCUGUGCUGGGCUCUUCGGAACAGUGAAGAGGAAAGAAUUGAUUUAGACGCAGAUGACAAAAGGCCAAAAGAAACUGAAAAUGGUGUUGAAGAGCAUCCUGAGAAAUCUCGUGGGUGUCUCCGGAAGAUGUAUGACUUAUUCUGUGGUUUACAAGACACAGGGCCCAAGUUGAGCAAAGAAGAGGAAGAAGCCCUUAAGAAGAAACUCACAGACACAUCAGAGAAGCCCUUGUGGAAAACUAUAGCGAACAUCAAUGCCAUCAUCUCCCUGGCUGUGACAGUUUUUUUCUAUGCCUAUUUUGCCUGAACUCUAAGCCAUUAUAAACCAUUGGUUAAACAAAGGGUAAUUUCAUCUAUUUGCAUUUUAUACUUAAUUGUAACAGCAAGGAACCACAUAUAUGUGGUGGCCACAUAAAAUUAAGGUUCAGAUCUACAGCAACAGAGAAGAGCCACAUCAUGAUUUUAUAUUUAUGAAAGUAAGUUUAUUAUAAAAGUAAUACAGACACAAGCACAGUCCAAUAAUAUAUUACCACAUGAUGACACAAGGGGCAGCACCAAAGAUGAUGGGGAAGGAUCUUGUAGGAGACGGAGCUUUUAGCAGACAAGAAACAAAAUAUUAACACUGUACUGAGUUUUAAUUUCUUAAGUACUAUGUUCAGAUAAAAGUGGUUUGGUGCCAACAGCCCUACACAUCUUAAAGCAGAGUAUCUUAGGUCUGGACAAAAACUAAGAAUGCUCUCACAGCACACUCAAGGGUAGCUGUACAUAAUAUUUCUUUCCCAGAGGAAAUAGCCAGUUUCUCUGCCAAAAGGCAGCAACCAAGGUAAUUUUAGCAAACACCUGCAUUUAGCUGACUCACAUCAUUUUAACACUUUUCCUGACAUGUGUGGAAAAGGGAGAUUAGACAUUAGUAAUUUUUUUUAUUUUACACAAGAACUGUAGUUAUUUCACCCUUUUCAUUCCUCACUGCAUGAAUUUGAGU